AUGAAGAGUUUUACUCUAAACAAUAUUAUUUUACUGUCAUCUGCGUAUUUUUGUGCGGUUAGUGGCUAUUUAAAUUUAUAUUUAAGUCUUCCAGAAGUUCAAAGACUUUUUGGUUUACACGCUGAGCUCUUUUACAUCAGAAAGGGCGUGAUAAACAAUUAUGCGUUCAAAUAUGUUGUUACUAUUCCGUCCAACAUUGAUUCGUUGUACUUUACAUGGGAAAGUUUAACACCAGGACAGGCAGUCCAUUAUGAACUUAAAGUAGAAACUUCAAAUUCUGACGCGCUUCCUCUUCCAACAUUUAAUAUAUCCAAUGUCGGCGUGAUCCCAAACACAGUUCAAACCUUCCAAAUAUCCUUGCCAUGUUCUGGAGUAAUAGAAGGAGAGGUAGAUAUAGCCAUCAAAUUGAACGUGACUUUAACAUCAGAAAAUGUGACAACGUUAAUAUUUCGAAGAAAAAAGAUCUGUUUGGAAUUAGAAAAAUCAACAACUUAUAUUUCAAAAGACUCAUUGCCACAUUUUGCAAACUCCGCAAAUAUUUUUUAUAUAGCAGUAUGUUGUGCCGUUCUGCUUAUUUUUAUUCUAGCCUUUGUUGUUACUUUAUAUUAUUGUAAAGAUAAUAAGAUUAGACGUACAACUGAAAAUGGAAGUGGGCCAACAACUACGACUACAACUUUUUUGGCAGCUUUACCAAGGAACAGUUUAAAUGCUUCUUCGUAUGGCAGUUUUAGAAGAAUGCCAAGUUACUCACUUAUAGAUGAAAGAUGCAAAGACCUGCAAGACAAAAUUACGGAACUUACAAUACAAAGAUGUAGAGUCCGUUUGAGCAGUGUGAUUCAUGAAGGCACAUUUGGCAAAAUUUAUCACGGAUCUUAUACCACAGAAGACGGAAAUGAGGAAACUGUCAUUGUUAAAACAGUUGCAGACCAUGCUAGCGAUGUACAGAUAUCCCUGUUGCUGCAAGAAGGAAUGUCAAUGUAUGCCUUGAACCACAAACAUAUUUUGAGCAUCCUCAGGGUGACAGUUGAAGAGCAUAUGGCUCCUUUCUUGCUAUAUCCUUAUAAAAACUACACAAAUUUAAAACUAUUUCUUCAGAAAUGUAAAGUAUCUUCGGAAGGAGUUCAUCACACUUUGACAACACAAGAAGUAGUUGAUAUGGCUUUGCAGAUUAUACAAGCCAUGCAGUAUCUUCACAAGAAGCAUUUGUUACAUAAGGAUUUGGCUGCUAGAAAUUGUAUGGUCGAUGACAAAUUAAACGUACUGGUUGCUGACAAUGCCUUAUCAAGAGAUUUAUUUCCUUCGGACUAUCACUGCCUUGGUGAUAAUGAAAAUAGGCCAGUCAAAUGGUUAGCAAUAGAGAGUCUUUUACAAAAGACCUUUUCGCCAAGUUCCGAUGUUUGGUCUUUUGGCGUAUUGCUUUGGGAACUGACCACACUAGCCCAGCAACCUUACAUAGAGAUCGAUCCGUUUGAAAUUGCAGCUUAUUUGAAAGAUGGCUACAGACUUGCUCAGCCAAUCAACUGCCCUGAUGAAUUAUUUGCGGUAAUGGCUUAUUGUUGGGCGAUGAGUGCUGAAGAAAGGCCAACAUUUACCCAGCUACAUGUAUGCUUGCAAGAAUUCUAUACACAAUUAACUAGAUAUGUGUGA